AUGGCGUCUAGUGGAAGAAAAUCCAUGGCCCGAAGUGUAGUUACAGCCAGCUCCUGUGAUCCCAAAGACAUUCAGAAAGAAGAUUUAGAAGGAAAUUCCAUGGCCCAAAGUGUAGUUACAGCCAGCUCCGAUGAUCCCAAAGACGUCCAAAAAGAAGAUUUAGAAGAUGACGAAGGCGAGUAUCGUAUGAUGAUAGCUGGUUUGACAGGAGUUGGAAAAAGUUCUCUUGCAAACUCAAUUUCAGGCAAAUAUGUGCAAAUUACAGAAAGUGCUCUUGCAUCGGUUACAAAAAAGGCAGCUAUAAUAACAUGCAAAAGGCAAGAAAAAUCAUUAGUUUAUUUCGACACACCGGGUUUGUCAUUUGAUACGGAUGAGGAAUUCGUGCCAAAGGAAUACAGGAAAUGUUUAAUCAACGCCGCCCCAGGUCUUCAAGCAAUACUCAUCGUUCAGAAAGCCACAGCCUUUACCGAAGACAACCAGACUUUUCUUGAUCGUUUUACAAAGUGGUUUGGAGAAAAUUGUUGGAAAUGUGUCGUAUUUGUUUUUACACAUAUUGAUGAAUUCGAAAAUACGGAUUUAGAAGAACAGCUAAAAACUGCUGAUAAACGUCUUAAAUGCUGGCUAUCAAAAUGUGAAAAUCGAUACGUAGGGAUAGAUAACAAUCUUAAAGGAACUGAAAAUAAUAAACAGAUAGAUAGACUCAUCUCUGUUGUAACCAAUCUCAUUGAAACAAAUAAUGGAGAGAUAUACACCAACGAGGAAUUUCAGAAAAUCUAUAGAUUAAUGCAGAAUACUGCUAGAGAUGAAAACUUGACUCUUAGCGAAGUGCGGGAAAGAUACUUGGGUCAUGCUAACAAUAUUAUUACUAAUUUGGGAAAGGGUCUACUGAGAGAACUUCUAAAUAUACAUAUUUAAAAUAGAGAAUCAACGACAACUAUCUAGACCGUAGGUCUGCU